CGGCCGAGCAGCAGCAGCAGUGUCCGGAGCGGAGCAGGGAGGUGGGAGUCAAGAGGCUGUUUAAACGUAGGAAAAUUUGUCUGAGAUGGGGGAUGAUCGACCUUUUGUAUGCACUGCCCCUGGAUGCGGGCAGAGAUUCACAAAUGAAGACCACUUGUCAGUCCACAAACACAAGCAUGAAAUGACAUUAAAAUUUGGGCCUGCCAGAACAGACUCUGUUAUCAUCCAAGACCAGACACCCACACCCACACGUUUCCUCAAGAACUGCGAGGAGGUUGGGCUAUUUAAUGAGCUAGCCACCUCCUUUGAACAUGAGUUUUCCAAAGCACACGAAGAUGACCAGAGGACAAAACACCCGGUAAGGAAAAGGAUGAAUGGCACACUGUUGGUUUGCUCAGGUUAUCAGGCUGCACCGUUACAAACGCCGUCGGAAAUUAAAGUUGAAGAAGAACGUCCUUUAAAAGUGGAUUCUUCCUCUCCUGGAAGUCCAGAUUCUUCCUCCAGCAUGUCAGACAACAGCAGAGACUCAAGGGUGAGAGGCAAGGAGAUUCUCACAAAGCCUGUGGCAAGCUCUGCCCCCACUCCAACCAUUGUGCGUCCAGGCUCUCUUCCCCUACACCUUAGCAAUGAUGCACUACACCCAACUCUGCCAUCUCCAACAUCUGUCAUCACGCAAGCGCCACCCUCCAACAGACAGCUCAGCUCCCCAACAAGUGCUUAUCCACUGGUGAGGCACCUCCCUAAUGGGCAGACGAUCCCUCUCCUGCCCAGUCCGCAGAUGACCUCAGUUAUAUCUCUCGCGAGGCCAGUGAACUCAGUGCCUAACAUCCCUGGGAUUCCAGGACCUCCAGUUGGUGGGGCUAGCAGCGGCUCAUCCUCCCCAUCUGGAUACAGUCUGCACUCUGAGACCAAGAUGCGGCUGAAGGCAGCUCUAACUCAUCAGGGCCCAGGAGCACAAGAUGGGUCUGGUGGGGGGGCAGGAUCCAUCCCUGCUGUCCCUCAGCGACAAGAACAGAGCAAACAACCCUCUCAGAACUCUGAUGCACCAUCACCUGCCCAACCCCAGGUGUCCCCUGCUCAGCCAACUGGCGGCAGGCGGCGGCGAGCUUCAGAGAUGGACCCAGACGAAAGGCGGGAACGCUUCCUGGAGAGAAACCGGGCAGCCGCCUCCCGCUGCAGGCAGAAACGAAAGCUGUGGGUUAACUCUUUGGAGAAGAAGGCAGAUGAUCUUGCCAACAUGAAUGUGUCCCUGACGAACGAAGUAAGCCUACUGAGGAAUGAGGUGGCACAGCUGAAGCAGCUCCUCCUGGCCCACAAAGACUGCCCGGUCACUGUUAUGCAGAAGAAGGCAGCUUUCUUAGCUGCAGGAGGAGAGGAAACCUCCAGGGAUGGUGCCGGUGAACCCAUCGGCUCCCCGGCGGCAGUUAUCCAACAUGGGCCGUCACCACCCGCCUCAGCCUCCAGUCCAGGUGCCACCAUCAACGGGCUGAGUGUCCGCGCUGCAGAGGCAGUGGCUAUGUCGGUCUUAGCCGGCAUGGGGUCGGGCCAGCCCGGAGGGGUCGUCAUGGCAACGCAGUCACAGUCAGCUCCAAGAUGAUGUGCUGACGCAGGUAGCCAGUAUAAACUCGAGUGGCAUUUGGAGGCCGGACUGGUGCAAAGCGUUUGAAAAGAGGGACCCACCCUCAAACCCCACCCCCAGACUAAGAUACUCUCCUCCCCUCACAGCCAAUGAUAAUCACACAAAGACACGGCACAGUGCCUCCGUCAACCCUCCAGCAGGCUCUGUCACUCUCUGUAUGUAAAUAAGAAAAACACGUCGGACACUCGCUCUGCAGGAUUUGGGGUCAUGUCUUGUUCAGUCGUGACAUUUGAAAAAGAUUUUAAAUUGGGAUGAAAAGUAUGAAUGAAAACUUUUUAAUGUCAAAAUCUUCAGUUUAUUUUCAUUUCACUUAAAAAUGCAGCUUCUGUCCAACUUUAGUCCCACACGCUGGCUGUGAUGUGGUUGGUUGCUUUCCAGGCUGACAGUUUUACUUGUAUUUUUCAUUUGUAUGAGAAGAUUUUUAUGCCUAAUAUUGGUCGUCGACAUAAUGUGUGCUAAUGCAGUGAAAGUACAGUGAGAGAUUGGCUGGCUGAUUUCAGUAAAAGGCAGCCUGGAAAGUUUUUCUUAUGCUCUUUUUAUGUUUACGUUUCAACCUGUCUUUUAUUUCUCUCUGUGUUUCCUUUUUGAGGUAAUUCUCCUUAAAUACACAUGACGGUUUAGUCAGCCGAGUGCAUAACAAACCAAAUUAUAGAUGUGUACACAGUUUACCCUGUGAGUGUGUGCC